AUGCAUCCACCAUCGCCCUCCUACCUUGUAUGCAUGUAUCCUACUCACUCUACCUUUCCCAGCGGUGAGAUUGGUCGUCGUGCCCUCAUGUACAAGAUAAUCGAUGCUAUUUACGUUAUUGGCAUCCUAGUGGGCUUCGAAAAUACAAGGACUGAAAUCACGGACGCCUUUCGAUUCUUCUUUUCCCUCUUCGACCGUGCUGCUCUGAACCCUGGCUCUGAUACGGCAGUGCCGGCGUCGGGUGCGACGCCACAAGACUCACCUCGACUCAAAAGACCAAUCCUAUUCUCCCUUGAUACCGAACAGAAUGCCGGCGACGGGCCCUGUGGUCUGCCUCCUACGUCAUUGGGUUAG